AUGGGUAUCGCAAGCUACUUCAAGACCAGCACCAAGAAUGCUGAGCAAGCACCGCCAGCGCCGCCGCCGCCGGCCAAGCUGGUACCUCCUCCUCGGUUACAGCAUGAAGGCCGGCAGUCAGUCAUGUCGGAAAAGCCACCAUCGUCCACCUCGGGCAACGACAUGGACCUUCAGCCUCCCACCCCCAGAUUCCAUUCCCGGCCCCAGUCCAGCUCUGGAAGGUCUACCCCUUCAACGCAUAGCUCCAUGUUCCUCGACGACAUCAAGCAUGAAGUCAUGGUCAACUACCUGUACCAGCAGCAGUGUUCUCAGCUCUGGGUUAGCGACGGAUCUGGAGAGAUUGAGGGCGUCUUGCUCCGUAAAGCUCGCGGCCACUAUAUGGCCUGUCCUCCCCAGCUUGCCAACUCUCCCUUUGCGUUAGCAUGCGCUGCUCUCAACGUGCAGUGUGCCAUGACGGUCAACUCGCGUGUCAUCAGGACAUUUCUGCAAUGGUCCCCUGACGCCGUUGAUGUGCCGCUCAUGAACGGCUUGCGCGUGCAGAUUCUCCCUACCAUUGAUGACUUGCCGCGAGCUCGCAAGUACCAGUUCGCUGCCUUUGUCGCAUCCGAGGGUCUCCUGGUUGUCUGGGAUGACGAUGCUCUUCAUCUGGUGGCACGCGCCAAGGCCAUUGAAUCCGAGCUCAUGGAGCUGGUGUGGAAGGCCGGCAACGUAGACGAUGAAGGCGGCGAUGAGAAGGGAGUCCAACCUGUCACUGAAGUUGAGAUCGACGAAGAGAGCGGCGAGAUUAAGCCCGAGAAGCGGCCUAUUCACCUCCAGAACACCGUCCUCGUGUCUCUGACCCUGGCCCUGGUGACCGUCUCCCUGGGCGCCGCUUGGAGACAGCUAGCCAUUGAGGUUUCCGUGGACAGCAACUAUACCCGUCUUGCCCUCGUGGCCCUGGCUCCGGUCCAGGUCUUCUUCACGCUCUUUUUCGCCCAAGUCAUCAUCGGCUGCUUGGCUCAGAUCUUUGGCCCUAUUCGUCAGCUCACAAUCAACUCCAAGUUCUACUCUGCCCGACCGCCGCCGCGUCUGCAGACUGCCGUUCUCCCUCACGUCACCAUCCAGUGCCCCGUCUACAAGGAAGGUCUGCAGGGUGUCAUUAUGCCGACCGUCAAGUCUAUCAAGCAGGCCAUGUCUACGUAUGAACUCCAGGGCGGCUCAGCCAACAUGUUCAUCAACGACGAUGGUCUGCAGCUCAUCUCCGAAGAGGACCGUCUCGCUCGCAUUGAGUUUUACGCCGACAACAGCAUCGGCUGGGUUGCCCGCCCCAAGCACGGAGAGAACGGCUUCACGCGCAAGGGCAAGUUCAAGAAGGCUUCCAACAUGAACUUUGCCCUCAUGAUCUCCUGCAAGGUCGAAGAGAAGCUGCAGGCGAUUGAGCGUCCUCCCGAAUGGAGCCAGAACGACGAGGCCAUGGCGUACGAAGAAGCUCUCAAGGAGGUCCUCGAGGCCGAUGGCCGUGCCUGGGCUGAUGGUAACAUCCGCAUGGGAGACUACAUCCUGCUCAUUGACUCUGAUACCCGUGUUCCCGCCGAUUGCCUGCUCGAUGCCGUUUCCGAAAUGGAGCAGUCCCCUGACGUCGGCAUCAUGCAGUUCUCCUCCGGCGUCAUGCAGGUCGUCCACACCUACUUUGAGAACGGCAUCACCUUCUUCACCAACCUCAUCUACUCUGCCAUCCGAUACACUGUCUCCAACGGUGACGUCGCGCCCUUUGUCGGCCACAACGCCAUCCUUCGCUGGUCCGCUAUUCAGCAGGUCGCCUACCAAGAUGAGGACGGCUACGACAAGUUCUGGUCUGAAAGCCACGUCUCGGAAGACUUUGACAUGUCGCUGCGUCUGCAGGUCAAUGGGUACAUCAUCCGCCUGGCCGCCUGGGCCGGAGAGGGCUUCAAAGAGGGUGUGUCUCUGACCGUCUACGACGAGCUUGCCCGAUGGGAAAAGUACGCCUACGGCUGCAACGAGCUCCUCUUCCACCCCAUUCGCACCUGGCUCUGGCGCGGCCCCUUUACGCCCCUGUUCCGCCGCUUCCUCUUCUCCAACAUUCGCUUCACGUCCAAGGUCACCGUCAUCUCCUACAUCGGUACCUACUACGCCAUUGGCGCUGCCUGGAUCCUGACCGCGGUCAACUACUUUGUCAUGGGCUGGUUUAACGGUUACCUGGAUAAGUACUACGUCGACUCAUGGCAGGUCUGGUUCUCCAUCAUCAUCGUCUUCAACGGUCUCGGCAACGUUGCCCUGGCCGUCAUGCGCUACCGUGUCGCCGAGCGCGGUCUGCUGUACGCGCUGUUUGAGAACUUCAUGUGGACUCUCAUGCUGGCCAUUUUCCUCGGUGGCCUGUCGCUGCACGUCAGCCAGGCUUUGUUGGCGCACAUGUUUGAGAUUAACAUGACGUGGGGCGCCACGAGCAAGGAGGCUGAGUUCUCCAACUUCUUUAUUGAAGUCCCCAAGGUCUUGAAGAAGUUCAAAUUCUCCAUGCUCUUCUCCCUAAUCUUCAUCGUGGGCAUGAUCAUCCUCGCUCAGGCGCCCUUUGUCCCCUAUGACUGGCGUAUCAAGGACUUCGUCGCUAUCCUGCCCAUGGCCACCGUCGCCGCCAGUCACUUCCUGCUGCCCCUGGCCCUGAACCCUGCCCUCAUGACGUUCUCAUGGUAA